AUGCUCCGAAGAACAUUAUCUACAUUGAAAGGUGGAAGCGGGUCGGUAAUAUAUGAUGUUAUUGUAAUUGGUGGUGGACAUGCUGGUUGCGAAGCUGCCGCUGCCGCUGCAAGGUGUUCCGCUCAUACAUUAUUAUUGACCAGCAGAAAGGAUACAAUCGGUGAAAUGUCAUGCAACCCAAGUUUCGGUGGAGUCGGCAAAGGACAUCUUGUACGCGAAGUGGACGCACUGGAUGGAUUAUGUGGAAGGAUUUGUGAUAAAUCAGCCAUAAACUAUCACGCACUGAAUUCUUCACAUGGGCCAGCUGUGCUGGGCCUUCGAGCACAGAUUGACAGGAAACUGUAUAAGAAACAUAUGCAACAUGAAAUCUUAAACUGUACAGAAGGUUUGGAUGUAAUGGAGAAAGCUGUUGAUGAUCUGAUUAUCAAAUACAAGGAAGGAGAAAUACCUCGAGUUGUUGGAGUUGUAACUGAUGGGCAGAUUCUAAGAACAAAGGCGCUUGUGGUGACAACGGGAACGUUUUUAAACGGAAAACUUUUUAGAGGAUCGGAAAGUUAUGCUGCCGGGCGUCUCGGUGAAAAGGCUAGUUCAAAACUUUCUGAAACCUUUAAGAAACUUGGCUUCAAGCUCGGACGUUUUCGCACAGGUACUCCAGCACGUUUAUUUAAAAAAACAAUAGAUUUUAGCAAAUUUCUUCCUCAACAUCCAGAUCGGAAACCGGUUCCAUUUUCAUUCUUGACGGAGCAUAUCUGGAUUCCUUACCAUCAACAACUACCGUCAUAUUUGGGUUUUACAAACAAUCGCCUUGCCGAAGUGAUACUUAAAAAUUUCAACGAAUGCAAUUAUAUUCGUAGUGAAGCAAAUGGCCCACGUUAUUGUCCCUCUCUUGAAUCAAAAGUUAUCCGUUUCCCUCAUCUUAAUCACAGGGUUUUUUUGGAACAUGAAGGCUUAGAUUCUGACUUAAUUUAUCCGCAAGGUAUGUCAAUGACGUUUGCACCGGAAGUGCAGCUCGAAGUGUAUCGUUGCAUGCCAGGUUUAGAAAAUGUCGAAAUAUCAGAGGCUGGCUAUGGCGUUGAAUAUGAUUAUGUUGAUCCAAAACAACUUAAGUCAACUUUGCAAACUAAGAUUGUGGAAGGUUUAUUUCUCGCAGGACAAAUUAAUGGUACUACGGGAUAUGAAGAAGCUGCAGCACAGGGCAUUGUAGCUGGAAUAAAUGCUGCAGCGUCAAGUCAAAAUAAAAAACCAUUUGUUAUCGAUAGGACGGAAGGUUACAUUGGUGUAUUAAUUGAUGAUUUGACCAGUCUUGGCACUUCGGAACCGUAUAGAAUGUUUACUUCCAGGGCUGAACUCAGGCUACAUUUGCGACCAGAUAAUGCAGAUAUGAGGUUAACGAAGAAAGGUUACCAACACGGAGCUGUGUCCGAGCAUCGGUAUAAUCACUUCUUAAAAAUGCUGUCUGCUUAUAAUGAAACGCAGGAUCUGCUAAAAUCUGUCAGAUAUCCGAUGAAUUUUUGGAAAAAAUGUAUACCUCGUUUAGAAAAUGCUCGAACACCAAAAGUACACAGUGCAUUUGAUUUGUUAUGUCGUUAUCAAAUAGACUUCAUGGAAAUUCGGAAAGCAGCUCCUGUUGAGCUAAAAAAGUUAUUGGAAAAUGAUGAAAUAGAACAUCGGUUGAAGAUUGAAGCAUUUUAUCAUUUUUAUUUGGAUAAAUCGUUGGCAAAGAUAGAACGAAUACGUAAGGAAUGUGCUACUGUUAUUCCGGAUGAUUUUGAUUAUUCAAAAAUGAAAUCUCUUUCUGCUGAAUGCAAAGAAAAGUUGGAGUUUUGGAGGCCUCAAAAUCUUGCUGCAGCAUCCAGAGUUCCUGGUGCAACGACAGAGGCUUUAAUGGAACUGUUGAACUUCUUGAAAGCCCCGUAA